AUGAUUGAUAUCGACCUUAAGUUUCAUCAAUGGCAAUGGCAGUACCAGAUUUCCACCACAUUCUUCGUGUGUGUGAUUGUACCCAGCUUGUACUACAUCUACUCGAAGUACAUCACUAACCUGCCCAACAAAUACAACAAGCUUGAGGAACCCAUUAAGCUCAUGAUCCCCAUACCACCAGAGGCCAAGAAGAAUUGGAAGGGGCGCAGGUUGUAUCCCUUGUCCAUACGUUCCACUGAUCCCACCCAAAUCCAGAGCUUCUGUCCAGCUACUGGACAGUAUUUGGGAACCUUCCAUGCUCAAACUAAGGACGAAAUGAACGAGACCAUCCAAAAAGCAAAAGAAGCCCAAAAGCAAUGGGCCAAAUCCUCAUUCAUUGUUAGAAGAAAAUUGUUAAAGACAUUGAAUCGGUUCAUACUUGACAACCAGGAAGAUAUCACUAGAAUCGCAUGUCGUGACAGUGGAAAGACCAAGUUGGAUGCAAUGAUGGGUGAAAUAUUUGUUACCUUGGAGAAAAUCAACUGGAUAAUCAACCACGGAGAACAGACCCUUAGGCCUUCUAAGAGGUAUGGUCCUUCGAAUCUUUUGUUAGGAAUGAUGAAAAAUGCAGAAGUGAGAUACGAGCCAUUGGGGGUGGUUGCUGCGUUGGUAUCUUGGAAUUACCCAUUUCACAACUUGAUUGGACCAAUUUUGGCGGCUUUGUUCACCGGGAACUCAAUUGUGGUAAAGUGUUCUGAGCAGGUGAUCUGGUCUUCGAAAUGGUUUGUCGAUAUGAUUAAAACUGUUCUUAAACUGUUGGAUCUCAACGAGGAUUUGGUUCAAUUGGUAGUAUGUUUUCCAGAAGAUGCAGACUAUUUCACAAGUCACCCUGAUUUGUCUCACAUUACUUUCAUUGGAUCCAAACCUAUUGCUCAUAAAGUAUUGGAGAGUGCGUCUAAAGAAUUAAUUCCAUGCGUCGUUGAAUUAGGAGGCAAAGACGCAUUUAUCGUGUUGGAUGACGUGAAGAACUUGAACGAUUUGUCGUCGAUUAUUAUGAGAGGGACAUAUCAAUCUUCAGGUCAAAAUUGUAUUGGUAUUGAAAGAGUUAUCUGUUUGCCUAAAUCGUAUGAAAAACUAGUUGAGAUUUUGUCAGAGAGGGUGAAGACAUUAAGGUUGGGAUCUGAUAUAGAUCAGCUAGAUGAGAUUGAUAUGGGAGCGAUGAUUUCCAACAAUAGGUUUGAAAGAUUGCAAGAAUUGGUAGACGACGCGGUCAAGAAUGGUGCCCGGUUACUUCACGGUGGUAAGCCUUACCAACAUCCAAAUUACCCUCAAGGUAGCUACUUUGAACCAACUUUGUUGGUAGAUGUUACCCCUCAGAUGCAGAUUUUUCACGAAGAAGUCUUUGGACCUAUUCUUACCAUGAUUAAGGCCACAGACAUCGAUGAUGCUGUGGAGCUCGCAAAUGGUUGCGAGUUUGGGUUGGGGAAUUCAGUCUUUGGAGCAGAUUUCAGUGUCAUAAAUGACAUUGCCAACAGAUUGGAUAGUGGAAAUGUUGCCUUGAACGACUUUGCUACUUAUUAUGUGGCUCAAUUGCCAUUUGGUGGGGUCAAAAAGUCUGGUUAUGGAAAGUUUGGAGGAGAAGAAGGUUUGAUUGGAUUAUGUAAGGUCAAAUCAGUAGUGAUGGAUAAGCCGUUGUUGAGAUUACUCGGAGUGGCAACUAGCAUACCGCCGGUAUUGGACUAUCCAAUCAAGGACGAUAAGAAGGCAUGGGGAUUCAUCACCAGCUUGAAUAUAGUUGGGUAUGAUUUCAGAAUUUGGAAUGUCAUCAAGGGCUUCAAAAAGUUGGCCAGGGGUGGCCGGUGA